AUGGAUGAUCGGCAGUCAAAAGGCAAGAAAUCAAGGGAAUUCAGGCGUCGUGCCAGCCCUGGGCAGGUUGAAACCCUAGAAAAGGUCUACGCUGAAAAAAAUACCCCAGAUCCAUUGCAGAUGAUUGAGCUUGCUGAAACGCUUGAUCUGGCUGUUGACUGGCUCUACAACUGGUUUUAUCGCCGAAAACACAAGGAUGGCCGGCGUGCGAAUCAACAGAGAAGAAACCGAGGAAAGAAAAAUUCCACUGUCAAAUCGGACAAGGCAGAGGGUUCAUCACUCGUCGCAGCUGCUGAGGGGAGCUGCGCUAAGAAAAGGAAAGCAAAAGCAAAGAAAAACGCAGCCCCAGCUACCAAGCCCCAAAAUUCCCCAGUGCAAGGAGCCGUGGCUCAGUCAACGGGCUCAGCAUCCCCUUCUGCACCGGAGAUGGCUCCUGCUCCAUCCAACCGACAUUCCCAUCAGCCCGUCCAUCCCAAUCUUGCCCCCGAGACAAAUGCUGCUGCUGCCAGCCCCUGGUUUUCUCCUGCUUCCGAGGGCCAUCGAGCAUCUGUGGACAUCGCUUCAGCACCCCAUCUGUCAUUCCUAGCAAUGGAACCCCCCGCUAUUCCUGCAUCAUUUUUCACUGGCGAGAUGCCUCUCGAAAUCUUUGGGCAAGGCCCCCUGCAUCUUUCCUCAGACGCCGCCUUUUUUCCGUCUGAGAAUCCCAUGGCCGGGAUGGACGUGAGCCUGAUGCAUUACCUCGGGCAUGAGAGCACCCUUCAGGGCCUCAUAGACGGAUGGCUUGAGGGAUACCGUCCAGUUGAAGGGAUUCUCUAA